UUGGCGCGUUGUGCAUUCAGCUUGUCUACGCAGUUUCUUUUCUGCCCAAUCAUGGCCCGCGGCUGCAUCUGCUGCGUCAAAUACAUGCUGUUCCUCUUCAACCUGCUCUUCUGGGUAAUUGCCCCGCACACAUUAAGUGAUUGUUACCAUGAACCGGUGUGGAAGAUUGCGAUCGUGAAGUUGGGCAGGAAGUUUGACCGCUUCCUGUGUGCCUUCCAGCUGGGCGGCUGUGGACUGCUGGGUGUCGGCGUGUGGCUGUCGGUUUCUCAGGGCAGCUUCGCCACCCUGUCGCCCUCCUUCCCCUCGCUCUCCGCCGCCAACCUCAUCAUCAUCCUGGGCACCGUCGUCAUGGUGACGGGUUUCCUGGGCUGUUUGGGUGCAAUCAAGGAGAACAAGUGCCUGCUGCUGAGCUUCUUCAUUGUUCUGUUGAUCAUCCUUUUGGCUGAGCUCAUCCUCCUCAUUCUGUUCUUCGUCUACACUGACAAAGUGAGAGAGAAUGCCAGACGGGACUUGAAGGAAGGCCUGGUGCUGUACGGCACUGAAAAUAACGCCGGCUUGAGGGAUGCGUGGAACACCAUACAGAGAGAUUGGAGCUGCUGUGGCGUGUUGACCCACAGUGACUGGUACACUGCCCUGCACGAGAGCAUGGUUCCCGACAGCUGCUGCCAGCUGGUGUAUCAGGGCUGCGGUCGCAACGCCUCAAACGCCUUCUGGAAGCACGGUUGUUAUCAGAAGUUUGAGGGGUGGCUGGAUGACAACAAACACCUUAUGGGAACCAUUGCCAUGUGUGUUUUGGUGGUACAGCUGCUCGGCAUGGCGUUCUCCAUGACACUAUACCAACAGAUUCACCGAGUUGGGAAGAAGUACGAAGCCUGA